AUGGGUCGAAAUGCUAAAAUUCGAGGUGUGGAUUACGUUUCCGGAGGUCCGAAGAGUAUUAUUAUUUUUAUUACCAUUUCUGAAUCUGUUGAUGUGAUUGACUGCUGGCUCGAAAGUCCGAAGGACAGGAUUCGCCUAGGCAUACCCACAAAUAUUGUAAAUAAUUGGUUUCAUACCUAUAUGUCCUGGAUGGAGUGGAUGGAAGAAGAGAGAGAGAUGCCGGAGGAGAUGCAGGCGGAGGCUGAAAUGUGGGAGGUCUUAUGCGGUCAGACUGACGAAAUAUCGGACAUGUUCGAAGGUCUCGUGGUGUAAUUUUAAUAUAUUAAAAUCGGCAGAAUCAAAAUUUGGGGAUAAUAUUUUUGUGUAAAUAAGAAAAAAGCGGACUUCAUCCGAAGGUCCUAGAACUUCGGACGCCUUAUGGACUUAAGCGCUUUGUAUCCAUUGUUUUUACAAAUCCUUUGGAUUUUGAAAUUGACUCUGGCUUUGCCCUACAGGCAAGGUUCUCCUCCAGAACGAUUGUUUCUGGGGAAAAAAUACAAAAUCAACUUUGAUUUACUUCACAAACAAAAUUUUCUUAAUAUAAAUAAACAAUGGAAACAGUGGGCUAAGGUCCGAACGGUUUCCAAUAUUCAGACCAUUUGUCCGAACACAUCGAAAGUAUGAAGAACGAUGCCUUGGAGCAGGCGAAAAAGGAUACAGAGAAGCGACGGAGGAAAGCGAGAAGGGAGUACAGGAAGACGCAAAG